CUGGUGUUCCAAACUCGGUUCUCUGCCGCAGCGAGAUAAGGUGAACCUGUCCAGAAUACAAAUGUCUCUCUUCUACGUGGUUUAAAUAUUAUUAAAUAAACGCAAUAGACCUGCAACAUUAUGAAAUAUCAUUUCUACUAUAAUAUUAAAGAUGCAUUCACUGCUGAAGUUCCAGAAAAAAAAAAUAGAAUAAGGAAACUAUAUGUGUCUUUUGGUGUUUGGUGGCGAUGCAAAUUAGUAUGAAUUGAGGCUCAUCAUACUGUCAAUUUUGGAUUUCUUCUCUGUGCCAUCUUCAGCUCAAAUGUAUGCAGGGAAAUCUUCAUCAGGCAGAGCUCAUACUUUCAUAUCACUCCGUAACGUCACAGAGAGGGCGGUAGACAGCAGGGAGGGGUGGGUGCAGGAGUAUAAAGACUCACGGGCAGACGUUUCGGGAUGCAUUCUGAGUGCAGGACGACAAACCAUAUAUUGAUGGAAGUACAGAGAAGUACCGGGCUCCAACAGACAAACUGCAGCACUAUGUGUGAAUCAACACAGAGGUCCUGCGAGCCUCGCCGGAAGAGAACGGAUGAGCGCAAUGCGCCCUCAGAAAUGGCACGGAUAAUCACCGAUCCUGCCACGGGGAAGUGUUACUGCCGUGGGAAAGUUUUGGGAAAGGGAGGUUUUGCAAAAUGCUAUGAGAUGACCGACCUCUCCACUAGCAAAGUUUACGCAGCCAAGAUCAUCCCACAUGCGCGCGUCUCCAAACCUCACCAACGGGAUAAGAUUGACAGAGAAAUUGAGCUGCACAGAGCAUUGCACCAUAAGCACAUUGUGCACUUUUAUCAUCAUUUUGAGGACAAAGAAAACAUCUACAUCCUGCUGGAAUACUGUAGUAGAAAAUCGUUAGCCCACAUCCUGAAGGCUCGUAAAGUGCUUACUGAGCCAGAGGUCCGUUAUUACCUGAGACAGAUUGUCUCUGGACUGAAGUACCUACAUGAACAAGAAAUCCUUCACAGAGACCUUAAACUGGGUAACUUUUUUGUGAGUGAGUCGAUGGAUCUGAAGGUUGGGGAUUUUGGUCUGGCUGCCAAGUUGGAGCCAGCGGGAAACAGGAGGAAGACGAUCUGUGGAACUCCCAACUACCUGUCCCCUGAAGUGCUCAAUAAGCAGGGUCAUGGCUGUGAAUCAGACAUCUGGGCCUUAGGCUGUGUAAUGUACACUAUGCUGUUGGGACGGCCACCAUUUGAAACCACCAACCUGAAGGAGACGUACAGGUGUAUUAGAGAGGCGCGAUAUUCCCUUCCCUCCUCCCUUUCACCACAGGCUAAGCAGCUAAUUGCCAGCCUGUUGGCCAAGAUUCCAGAGGACAGACCCAACCUGGAUCACAUUCUUAGACAUGACUUCUUCACUCAGGGCUUCAGUCCAGAGCGUCUGCCGCCUAGCUGCUGCCAUUCUGCACCAGAUUUCCACAUCUCCAGUCCAGCCAAGAGUUUCUUUAAGAAAGCUGCUGCUGCGUUGUUUGGUGGGAAGAGGGACAAGGUCAAAUACUAUGAGACACUGAAUAAGCUAACUAAAGAAGAAGAGGAGAUCUAUAAGCUCCAGUAUGACUUGGAGAAAACUGUGAUCAGCCAACAACAGAGCAAAAAGAUGUCUGAGAAUGGAAGUCUACUUCCGCCAUCUGCUGGGAGCCCCGUUGCCCUAGCAACAGAGAGCCAGUCUCCGACAACGCAAGAUACCAUCCGUCUGAUCGUCAGGGGGAGUCUGGGCAGCUGCAGCAGCAGUAGUGAAUGCCUGGAAGACAGCACAACAGGCAGCAUGGCUGAGACUGUUGCUAGUGUGUUAAGGGGAUGUCUGGAGAAAAUGCCUAAAGCAAAUGACAUUCCUCUGGCGUCAAAUAGCUGCAAUCUUCAGUGGGUGACUAAAUGGGUGGACUAUUCCAACAAGUAUGGCUUUGGCUACCAGUUAUCUGAUUACACCGUGGGAGUUCUCUUCAACAACGGCACUCACAUGAGCCUCCUGCCAGACAGAAAGACCAUCCAUUACUAUGCUGAGUUGGGCCAACGCUCUGUUUUCCCCACCUGUGAAGUCCCCGAGCGCUUUGUGGGCCAAGUGACUGUGCUCAAGUAUUUUUCACACUACAUGGAAGAAAACCUAAUGGAUGGUGGAGACCUUGGUCCAAUUACAGAUGCACACAUGCCCAGACUCUACCUGCUACAGUGGCUCAAGUCUGACCGCGCCCUCAUGAUGCUCUUUAACGAUGGCACUUUCCAGGUCAACUUUUACCACGAUCAUACCAAGAUCAUCCUGUGCUCCCAGAGGGAUGAGUACAUGCUGACAUACAUCAAUGAGGAACGUGUCUCCAAAACCUUUCAACUUAACUCCCUGCUGACGUCCGGCUGCCCCACUGACCUGCGUCAGCGCUUGGUGUACUCCCUCAAUAUGCUCCUGCAGAGAUGCAGCUAAACCCACAACAAUGGACAGACCUGACAAAUCUACUCACUGUGUAUCUGCUGUGCUGUAGAAGGACAAGGAUUUGAAGAACUUGUGAAAGAAAAGCUGUAUGCGAGGCUGGACUCGGGGAGGGGGACAUAAAUUAAGAUUCCUACACCGUUGCACCAUCAUGACUCAGCAUUGGUGCAGGUGAAACUAGACUGCGGAGAGACUGAAAGAAACUGAGUUGUAUGAAAUGUAGCACAAUGAAUGUGGAUGUAAAAGGCCUGAUUUGUACGUUGAUUGUUGUAAAGGAGGAAGGAACGGGGAUGUUGGUACGAAUGUGAGGGGUGUUUUUGGAAGUGAAGACGAAUGCUGGGCUGGCACCAGCUUACUCAUGUAGAGUAUCAUUGUUUGACCCUAGAGGGAAAAGUUGGCUAUCCAAACUUAAACAGUGCUCAGCUGUGAGAUAUUGUAAAUGAUGUACAGUUUAUGUCACAGCCAUCUCAGCAGUGCAAAGAAAUGACCUGUUAAUGUGUGUGGAUGCUACAGGAUUUAGCUGUUUAUAUGUGUGAGUGUGCGUCUGUCUGAGUGGGAUGGGUGUAAUUUCACACUAACAUUUAAAACUGUGAUUUGUUCUCUUUAUUGACAGAUGGGCUCAGCACAUUGAGCUAAGAGUCAGAGGGGUGAUGUGAGGGAAGGGAGGGGCAGGAGGAAAAUAGUACUAGAGAAUCUUUUAAGAAUCUCUUCAGAGCCAUUAUCACCUUGGUAAAAAUGUGCUAAAUAACUUAUUGUGUAAGAAAAGUGCAGUAUUUAUUUAUUUAAUAAAUAAGAACAUUUUCUUAAAAAAUA